AUGGUGACCGCUCCCGCCGUUCCUGAGAUUUACGAAGAUGAGCUCCACUCCGCCAUUGAGGCUCGUGCCGAGUCUCUGCAAACACUGCGCGAAUUGGGCCCGCCAGACCUUGUUCAUCUCAUCAAACAGCCCAUCAAGUCCACGACAAAACAGGUUGGCGUCUACCAUCAUGUUACUGGAAUAGACGCUUCGUCCUCUGCGAGCUUAGCCGCCUACAUAAACACCCUGACUUAUUCUCCCCAUGACAAGCAGCACAAAGUGGUGUCUGGAUUAUACUGUGUGCUGCGAGCGUACUCUUACGCCGACGAUGGAUCGGGCGACACCAUCAAGAAGAUUGUUGGGGUCCGAAGAUUCAACCCGAUUACCAGCACUGAGAGCGAGCAUAAGUUCCUCGAUGCAGCUGAGCGCCUCUUUUUUAAUGGUUGGCAAUUAGGAUCUGAUCCUGAGAUCCAGGUGCCGAACCUAGUCUCGAAUCACCUGACUACAGGCCUGCUAGACUACAUUCACACUACAGGCAGAUAUGCUUCAGGAAUUAAUCUCUUUGAGAAGCUACGGACGCGCGAUCCUGAGAUCUCGUCUCUGCUAGCACAAGUGUACAUUGCAGCCGACGAAGAAGUAAAAGCAGUGCAACUGCUGCAUGAGGCGAUCCAAGAAUUACCCAUGGAUUACUCAUUACUUGACUGCCAGGCCGACUUCUGUAACAAGAAGGGCCGCAGCGACCUCGCCCUUGAGAUUGCCAAGCGGAGUGUCGUUUCUGCUCCCAGCGAAUUCGGAACAUGGGCAAGGCUUGCAGAAAUCUACGUUAGCCUCGAGCAAUGGGACCUUGCAUUACUGACGCUGAACUCAUGCCCGAUGUUCACAUACCAGGACAAGGACGCACCACGGAUGCCUGAACCACAGAGAGUGUUCCUUCCUAUCAUGCCGGAAGCUAUUUGCGAUGAGAUAGAAGACAGUAAUGUUGAUGACGUCGAGCUUGUGCAUCCGACUCUGCGGAAGCUCCACGCUGCGGGAUUCAAAGGCACAUUUUUGAAGGCGUACAUCCUCCUAACUAAGAUAACAAAGAAGAUCGGAUGGGAUCAAUUGCUCCGAAUACGCAGUCAGGUGUUCGUUAUGGAAGAGGAGUAUAGACACGAGAAGCAGACAAUAUCACACCAACCGCAAUCUCGAAAUGCCAGCACGACAGCCCUGCGAUCGCCAAGCCCAAAGACCAACGGACACGGCGAUGUGGAAGAAGUGUCGGAAUCCAGUGAUACUCUGAAUGGAGAGCCUACCGUACCCGAAGCAGAAGACAGACAUUCGAUCGAGAAACCGGGCCACACUGUUGCGUCCGAGGUCGUCAAGGCUGGCAGCGAUGAACCAGUCCACCAACCCAACUACACCCAUUUCCAAAACAAGCGGCUUUGUGAACGCUGGCUUGACAACCUGUUCAUGGUACUCUACGAGGAUCUACGCGUCUACACUAUUUGGCGGACAGAGAUGGUGCAGUAUCGACAACAGCAGCUUUUUUACAAGAAAUCACCAGAAGAGUGGGAGAUCCUUGGUGAGCUCGCAGAACGAUUGCAUCAUCUAGAGGAAGCCAUAGAAGCGUACGAGAACUGCUUGCGGAUGAAGUUUAGCCCAAAGGCCAUGAGAGGUGUUCUGAAGCUAAGCGAAUCGCGCCAUAAUGUUAGAGAAGUGUGUGGUGCGUUGAUCCGGCUGGUCACGUGGCAGUAUAGGUGGUACUCUGAGUUCUCGCCAUCGCUCCUCUACACCAUCCGAAAACUCAUCGAAGAAGAGGGCGCGGUCAAGAUCAGGAGUAUCAUCCAAGGAACAAGUCUACCGCAACAUGUCCUGGAUCUGACACAUCAGUACGCCGCGUUAUGUGCUGCUUUCAGGAGCAGCGGUAGCGAUGGCUAG